AUGUACGGCUCUAUGCCCUUCCUGUCAGCCAUGGCUUGCACCUGCCGAAGGGUUGCCGAGCUGGUUCAAAGUCUCCGGCAUUCAGGUUUCAUUCCUCCACCAGCUGCGUCAACAGUGAGCUUUGCUCUUGCAAGUUCUGCGUCUUCAGCAUCAAGCAAAAACGCCGAUGAGGAUCCCCUCGCCAACACUGACACCGAUAUGGAAGAGGAGUGGGAGUUCCAACUCACACCAGAGAUAAUCCGUCGGCUGCAACUUAUUCCUAUGCAAGAAGCUGCUCCCUCCUUGAGCCAACUUCCGACCGAGCUUAAGCUCGAAGUCUUCAGUUAUCUAGAUCUUAUUGAUUCUACCUGUCUGGGCCUCGCUUCCCCACCCCUCUAUGUGGUUCACCGAGCUAUUCAUGGCACAAAGAUUCCCUUGAACACUCGCCGAGUUGGCCCGAACAGACUUGAAUCUGCCUGGGAGGUUGUCGGGAAGCAAGAGUGCAAGCAAUGUGGUAUUUACCGCUGCGAGCUUCACCAACACAUCAAGACUUGGAUGCCCAAGGAGUUGGAGUACUGCUCGAUGAAGGUCAACUUCGGAUUGCCCGCCAAGCAUGAUGCCGUCCACCAAACCUGCUAUCGAGGAAAGCCCAGCAAACCAAAGCGCUGCGGUCGUCACCCCCUGAGAACAACCUCCGUUCACCAGGACGAUUCAGCAUUCAACCUUCCGUCAGUCUAA